AAACAAGGCACACAAACUAAUCUACUACUAAUAAUUUAAACUACUAACAAAUUGCUUAUAGCUCCGUUGCUGGUCGUAUCCUUCCGAGUUUUGUACAAUUUCCACACUUCGUGCAAGGUCAGCCAACUAAUCCACAGCUAAACAGAACACAAACCAACAUUAUUUGGACGGCUUGUCUAGCACAAUGCAUCAUUGCAAGCAUAUAAAAAGACGACGGUUUGCCGUUUGUGCUAUACAGGGAAUUCAGUUUGCCAGGUGAUACAGACUAUACCAUACUGAAAGUUUUUCUAUCCGACAAAGUUUAUCGUUACCAUUAAUUUGAAAUAUUUGGACUAUCGAAAAACUUUGAAACUCGGAAAGCAUAAGGAUUCGAACGAAUUUGCAAUUGUAAUUUUGCAGUAGUGCAAUGGUCGGAUGAUACAAGUUUCAUGGCAGGUUAAUGUGUCUGGAUUAGUGUUUAGGGUGGACUAUCACGGAGAUCACGUUCAAACAAUUCUACUCAAUAAAGUCCUGAAUAAGUGUCAUGACGACGAAUAAACUACCGAAUGCUAUGAUCACGUUCAACACCUGAACAAAACGAAUUGGUGAAUAAAUUGGAAUAGAUUUUACAGAUAAUACGGUGCACUGUUUUGGCUGUUUACCUAAGGAAUCAGAUUGGAUUGGCCUAGAUUUUUCUUAGUGGUUGUCGUAAAACGAAGUAUUACAAUAGCAGGCUGGCACAUGGAAUACCCAGGCGAAUACACAUGUAGUAAUGCAAGUCGGCCAGGAGCGUAAUGUCGAUUUCUGCUUUGCUUUUUGUUAUUCGAGUGCUGCGUGAUCGUGACGAGUCGACUCCAUCUCAUGCUCAACAUAUGCUGAAACUCACCCCUGAAACACUAUCGUGGCAUUUGAUCCGGUGUCGGGAAAUCUUCGCUUUUGAUCCGGUUUUCAGACAAUAUGUUUUCUGGUAGUUACAUUACAACAAUAGGUGUGGAUUUCAAAAUACGUACCGUAGUAAUCAACGGAGAACGCGUGAAGUUGCAAAUAUGGGAUACGGCAGGUCAAGAACGGUUCCGGACUAUAACAAACACUUAUUACCGAGGAACACAUGGCGUUAUAGUUGUAUACGAUGUCACCAAUGGUGAAUCAUUUGCCAACGUCAAAAGAUGGCUGCAAGAGAUUGAAUGUAAUUGUGACGUAGUAAACAAAGUUUUAGUCGGAAACAAAAAUGAUGAUCCCAAUCGAAAAGUUGUUAUCACCGAAGAUGCACAGCGUUUUGCCAACCAAAUGGAUAUACAGUUGUUUGAAACAUCAGCCAAAGACAACAUAAACGUAGAAGAAAUGUUUUUAGCCAUCACCGAGCAAGUUUUAAGGCAUAAAAAGCAAACGCAAAAACAGGUUCAGUCGGAUCAAAAUAACGAUAUUGUGCAUUUGCGUAAAGGUGGAAAUAUUAAAAAAAAGAACAAAUGUUGCUAGUAGCUAAAAGUUUCGUUGUAAACACUCUAGCGUAGGAAUCUAGGAAACUAAACCGAAAAUAAACGCAUACAAUUAAUUUUGUAAUAAUAUAAAA